AUGGCGAAAAGAUUAUUUAGUUCGCCGAGUGACAGUGUACACUUCAAGUUUCGAGAAAUUUCCGUCGACCUGCUCACAGAUUUUCUUGCUAAUCUCAACAAAAGUAACAAAGAUAAUCUCAACAGUUUGUCAAAAUGCAGCGGAAACUUCAAAGAUAAAAGACUAAUGGAAUACAUCUUCCUGAUAACCAAAGAACUAAGACUUGAUCCGCUGGCUGGAUACCAUGCCGUUGAAUUACUUCAAAGGUUCAUGGUCAAGCACCUUACAGAUUUAUUGACCACACCCACACCUCAAGGUGCAGCCGCGGAUCAACCAGGAAGUUAUGAGGAUGCUGUGUUUGACAAGCUCAAGGACAAAUUCCCCCUCAUCGUCUUCUCCUGCCUGCAACUGGCAAGCAAGCUGUCUUUGCAUAGCCAUAUAAUCAACAACAACACUGCUGUACGCUUUCUGCAUUCAGUUGGCCUCAGUGUUUCCAAGCAGACUGUCCUGGAAUCAGAGCUGAUGGUCCUGAAAGGGCUUGAAUUCAGACUAAAUACUCCUAAUCCACUGACGCAUGUGGAAAUCCUUCUGGAGGUUCUUGGACACAAUGAGCCGUCCAUCCCUGUGGAGCGCCUGUAUCAACUGUGCCACCACGUCCUCCAGUUCGUCAGCCUUCAGAGGACAGCCAUCUACGAGUCCUUGUUAGUGACGACCACCCAGUGUAUGGACCCACCCGGAGAACAGAGAGAACAGUUUGUGACAGUGACUGAAGACUGCAUGCUUCUCGGUGUUGGUGUCAUCGCCGUGGCUGUGUUCAUCCUCUAUGUCAGAAAAUGGGAACAGGUUGUGGAAGAACUGAGCCACAUCACAGGAAUCUCAAAGAGGAGCAUCAGCGAUUUUGUUCACGUAACAUUGAUGCACAUUGUCAGAACCAGUUCCCCUUUAACAUCGACCUGA